CAGCACAGGCUGACGGCAUGAGGCUGGAUCCGGUGCAUCUCUCCAUGCUGGUCAUCGGGGUCUCUUUCGCCUGCUACGCCCCGAGUCUCAACUCCCUCCAGGACCAGGCGUACCGAUCGGCCGUGGUCAUCGAGGGCGAGGUGCGCUCCUCCCCGGAGAACGUCUCCGCCAGCGAGCCCUACAGCGUGAAUGUCAGAGUGCUGGAUGUGUGGCCCGUCAACAGCGGCGGCCUCGAGAGGGAGCAGCUCGUGACCGUCGGGGACUUCGGCUCCGAGACGCCCUGCACCACGGUGGAGAAGGACCACAGGUACAUCUUUUUCAUGGACCCGACCGCCGAGCCGCUAGUGUUCAAGGCGUCCUACGCCCCCGUGGACGCCAGCGAGCCGGAACUGAAGAAGAAUGUGGAGAGAGUGCUGUGCGAGGACUGCGCGUCUGCUCCUAAGCUGAGGCCGAUGCGAGGCCAGUCUCUGCCGGAGGGGGGCAAGAUGUACUUGAAGUGCGAGGCGUCGGGGAACCCCAGCCCUUCCUUCCGCUGGUACAAAGACGGACGCGAACUCCAGAAAGGCAGAGACCUCAAAAUAAAAACCAACGUAAAAAAUUCAAAGUUGCAGAUCACUCGUGUCCGUCUGGAAGACUCCGGCAACUACACCUGCGUGGCUGAGAACUCAUUAGGACAAGAAAACGCCACGAGCAUAAUCACCGUGCAGAUCUUGACCACCACCACCCCAUCUCCAGGUGUGAGUCACGUGAGGCGCUGCAACGACUCAGAAAGGGCCUACUGCGCUAACGGAGGAGACUGUUUCUUUAUACACGGUUUUAACCAGCUGUCCUGCAAGUGUCCCAACGACUAUACGGGGGACCGCUGUCAAAACUCCGUCUUGACCAGUUUCUACAAUCUUUUCAAAAAUGGAUUUAUGGAGGCGGAGGAGGUCUACCAGAGGCGGGUGCUGACGAUCACAGGCAUCUGCGUGGCCUUGUUAGUGGUCGGCAUCGUGUGUGUGGUGGCCUACUGCAAAACCAAGAAGCAGAGGAAUCAGAUGCAGCGUCACCUACAUCAAAACCAGAAUCAGUUCGUGGAGCAGCCAAACCGCGUGCUGGCUAAUGGUCCCAACCACCCUGGGCCCGGUCCGGAGGAGAUCCCCAUGCUCGAUUACAUCCCAAAGAGCGUCCCGACGACAGAGUGUGUGAUCAGCCAUGGAGCUGAGGGUGCUGGCAACUAUGCAGGCAGUCGAAUGUCAACCCGCUCCCAUCACUCCACCACUGCCUCACAUGGUUCCAGACACGAGGAGCAGACGUGGAGCAUGGAGCGGACAGAGAGCGUAAACUCAGACUGCCAGUCGGGCGGGCUCUCCAGCUCCGUGGGAACCAGUAAGUGCAGCAGCCCGGCAUGCAUGGCGAGGCGGGCCGCCAACUACGGCUGCACAGGCGUGUCAGGAAUGGGGAUGCAGUACGGGGACUCUUACGACUCUCUAAGAGACUCGCCUCACAGUGACAGAUACGUGUCGGCGCUGACCACGCCGGCACGGCUGUCUCCUGUGGAGUUCCACUACCCGCCUCUGCCGCCCCAGGUGCCCACCUUCCAGAUCACCUCGCCCAACACAAGCCACGCCCUCUCCCCGCCCCCUGCUGCCGCGGCUUACCACAGAGACGACGACCAACCGCUGCUAAGAUGCCCCGAAGACGGAAGUUUAUACAGGCAGCCCAGACGACCCCGGCGGCCCUACCUGACAGAGAGCACAGGGAGUCUGCCGUCCAGCCCCUACCACCUCCCGGACGACGAAGCCUACGAGACGACGCAAGAGUACGCCUCCUCCCGGGAACCCAUCCGGAGCCGGCGCCGGCCGCGGCGCAACCGCCUCAACGGACACGCGUCCCAGCGCUCAGCGGGCUUUCGGGACUACAGCUCGCAGAGCUUCAGUCAGUCUGAGGAGGAGGAGGACGAGGAGGAAGAGGAGGACGAGGACGCUGACGGGGAGAGCACGCCUUUCCUCAGUAUGCAGAACAUGAACAUGGACCAGCCGCUGACCGGCUCGGGGUACCGCUCGUCGGCCGGCGCGGACACACGGACUCACCGCGGGCUGAGUCGGCCGAGCGCGCGCAGCAACGGGCAGAGCCGCAGCUCCCAGUCACAGCGCUCCAAAGCCGACAACAUGCCCCUUUAAGACUGGACCUCCACCCGUAAGACCUCCCCCCCCCCGUCCCGUCCCGCCACGACCCCCGCCACCUCACACACCUCCUCCCCUCCUUCCUUCACAGAACCAGUGGACUAGAGACCUGCACCUAGGAGAAAUAUUUUUAUUUUGUAUAACAGACAGAUAUUCUAAACAAAUGAAAUAUUUAUUUUCAUUUCAGCAAAAAUUGUCUACUAGCUAACAGCAAAGACUUUUUUUAUAACGGGGGGAUAUUUAUAUGUGAGGUUUUUUGAUUUACAGCAUUAUGAGAGAUGAAAAAAGGAGAAUUACGUGCCAAUUUUUUCACAAGUUAGAUAAAUAGAAUAAUAUUGUGGUGCCUUUUGCUGUAUGCUGAAGUCGGAGGUCCCAUUGAGUUUUUGUAGCUUUUCUUAUAAAGACUCCUCAUUUUUAUAGAGACCAACCCUCUUCCUUCCUAUUGCUUUGGUUUGGGUUUUUUUAAUUAUUAUUAUUAAUUAUUAUUAUUAUGUUUCGCUCUGAUUUGGGAUCUUCCUCUUUUUGAACUGUGAUCUGAUUAUGUCAUCAUGCAAUAUCGAUUCCUUCUGUGUACAAGGUGUCUGUUUACACGAGUUCGCCCCGCGCGGCGGUCCAGCCGGGUGUGCAGGGUGGAUUCCUCUGAUGAACACGCAUCUGUCAUUAGCCGCGUCCGUGUCUGCUGCCUGUCACUCAUCUUGUCGUAGUUUCUGUCGGAAAGAAGGGCGGUCAGGUGUUGUAUGUAGAGGAUCGGCGAUCUCAGAUGUCCGUCUAGAUGUUCAGGGUUCUGUCAUUACAUUAGUGUGGGUGUGGGUGUGAGAGAGAGAUUUUCAUAAAGCCUAGUUUGCGGCCCCUCACCUGACGCGUCCGCCGGUCGCCAAGCUGCCAGAAGCUCCACUGCACUGUAAGCGGCUCCCUCGCGCGAGCCAGGGAGCCGCUCGACCCGAACUGAACCCGACCAGUUCAGUUGUAAUAUCCAGCCUGACUCUGGCCUCCCGUGGACUGCCUGCCCACCUCCCCGCCCGUUUCCUAUGCCAGCAGCUUAGAGCCGCACUGUGUCUCAGGACUUUCCCCCAUCGCAUCACAGCCGAACGACUCGCAGCAGACAGCGCCUCCCCGGACCCCUCCACCGUCCCCGUCAUCCCAGUCUCAGAUCAGUCCACGCGGCCAGACCCAUACCACCGCCCACCCGCACUCACUUCCGUCGAGUUAACAGAAAGAAGAAAGGAAAAACAAAAUCAUAGCCACAAGUUUAGGGCGCUGAAGUUGGGAACGGGAUUGGAAAUUCAGAGAUUAAAAAGAAAAAAAAAAAGAUUAUUAAUAUUCAGAAAGUUGUAUGUAUGUAUGUAAGUGAGCACGUGUAGAUGUUUUGUCCAAAAACGUUGGAGGUGAAGUUGGAGAAUGCCGUUGUGCUGAGGGCACAUCCGGGGCCUUGCUAGGAAUUCUGCCGCACGCCACCCCAGCACCGAGAGGAUGACGUCAUCCCGGCUCCUUACUCCUACAGGUGCAGCUCAGAAAAUUACAAUGGUUCGCUCACUAACUCAAUUCAAAAAGUGGAACUCAUAUAUUAUGAAGAGUCAUUACACACAAAACGACGCAUUUCAAGCAUUUAGUAGCCUGGUCGUUGCCUUCUUCUGCUUCUCCGCUCCAUUAAAAUCUCGCCGCAGACAGUUCUCCCGUUUACCAGGUUUACUUCCGGUAGAAUUUCUACUGGGCCAAUCGGCGAAAAGAAUGUGAAGCUGUAAACAAUGACGUGGAUUUUGUGCGUCUAGUCUGCCUGUUAGCGACUGGGUAACAUUUAAAAUGUCAUCAGAGUCCAUGCCCAACUGAAUUUUGGUGAUUGUAGCUUAAUGCUAGCCACAAUAAGCGCCUUGUUCCGUGUUAUUUGCUUCGUACAGAGCUGUGCUGCGAAGCGAGAUCGUAAUUGAGCGGAAAUGUGCAGGAAGGUAAUGGCUAGGCUAGCUUGCAGCUAACGAGGGCCCAAAAUGUUGGUUUCCAAAAUUAGAAUAUCACAGAAAACAAUUUGAAAAGAUUUCAAAUGUAAACAUGUUCAGCUCCCUGUCGGCUGUGAAAUGUCAAGUCAAUGCUAAUCUUUGAACAACCUGUUUUAAUCCCGCUCUGAAUGCUGCUUUAAUUGGGAUCAAGGGUGUGGAGUUUACAGAGCGGAGCAAGCUACUACCUUGACAUUACCAUCUCUUUAUGUUAUUAUUUUUUCCCAUAUUUAUGGAUCAAAUACCCAUCUAGAGGUUAUUCCUUUAAGUAAUUAGUGGGCCAGUUAAUAGGAAGGUAUGGCAAGCUUCCAGUUUCGAGGAGUUUGUCUUGUUUCCAUAACGGUUGCACAUGUCUAUAGACAUGGUGUAUAAAAGCAUUCAGCAUCCAUCUUUUGCAAACAAAAAGACAUCGAUGGCAGCCAGUGAUCAAAUUGUGUAUCUCACAUGCAAAAGUGAUGCAGGAGCGUUGGCAUCAUGUAGUCAUAUGCCAAUAAAACCAACGUGCUACGGGAGUACUAUGUUAUGGCCUUCACAGUGAACUUCUGACUCGACAGUUGUCCAGCAACGACCAUCAAUGAAAAUACAAAAGGUGCUGUGCAUUUUGCAUUUCACUUUCAAGUCAAUGUCCCAGAGUUUGUAGGAAGAAUAGAGAGGCUCAGAAUCCACUCUGCUUAAGGUCCAGAGUGACGUUCCUGCUGAUGUGAGCCUGCUGUGCUUUAUCAAUUCCAGUCAGUACAGAAUGUCUCCCAUUCUUAUUCAUUUUCCCGCAGGACUCACACCACACUUUAGAAAGGGCUUACAGGGGCAGUAGCCCAGAGGCCCCCAACUUUUUUGGGGGGAGGGGUGCCCCACCCAAAAAAUUGGGGGCACCCAAAAAUCUUGGGCACCCCAAUAUAUAUUUUUUUCUUUAGUUACUGAAUGCAUGUUUUGCAAACACUACUUUAUGUAGAACACGUAGGCCCAAGAUUUAUUAUUUUUAUAUUUGAACAUUAUAAAGUAAUAGCAGAUUUGUUUGGGAACAACAUGGAGUUGUUGGCUAGAGGACGUAUUAAACCUACGAUGCAUCAGUUCAUACCUGCUGGUGUUUAGGACUACCUAUUGAUUCACUGUAAUUUGCAUUAGUAAUUGAAUAUUUCCUUAUCAGAUAGGGUACCAAAACUGUCUCCAGCCCAGGGGCGCACAUCCUUGUAAAUCCGGCUCUGGGCAGGACUUGACACCCCCCCCCCCCCCCCCCCCCACACACACACACACACACACACUUCCAGUAGUACCAACACCUGCUUUAGCAUCCAUGGUGCGACUGCACCAGGCUUCCAUCAUUCCAUCAUUCCGCACCGCAUUGCUGCAAAAGAAGUCCAGCUCAGCUACUGAAUGCAUUCACUCUGCGGUACAAGGGCAACCUUCUUAGAAUAUGGUAUUUCAGAUUUUCUUUUAAUUGGUCUUAUGGCAUAUUCAAACUUUCCAAGCAACUGAAAUUUGGUUUUUCAUUAGCUAUCAAAAUCAACAAUAACAAAAUGGUUGGACUGCAUCGCUCUAGCCUCGUUUCUGCUAGAAAUGGGCGCAAAACUCUGUCGACAUUUCUGCUCAUGUUGGAACAAAAACACCCCACAAUUUUGUAAUUGCUGUGUUUCCAUGGAAUGAGAAACGCAAUUAAAAUAACAUGUGAAUAAACUUGUUCACAUGAGUCGUUAGAAACAUGCCACUACUUCCUGUUUUCUUCUUAGUGUUUUGCGCCAGUGGUAACGUCCAGUUGUCGAUCUCAUGACUGGUGUGACGUGAAUAGCGUUCCCAUCGAGUCACGGCAGUUUUCCAAAAAUAAACCAGCUUUGAUUCGGUCAAAUAAAACAAAAAAAAUACCCAGAGCGGCAAAACGUUUUAUUUAAAAAGCGAGAGUUGUUUUGUUUUUUUUAAAAGGCGUGUUGAGCAAAUUUAUUUUCGAAAUGUGAAACUGCGCAAUCAUUGGUCAAAGGAAACGCAGCUUCUGACAGACUAUAUGAGUUUCACUAUUGAAUUCAUUUGAAUGACGUUUGAAUUUACUGAGAUGCACCUGAUGGUUUUGUCUUUUCUUUUCCAAACUUCCACGUGUUUUCGUCACGGUAGCGGGUGGCACAGCUUGGACGUGAAUUAAGAGGCGACAAAGCACACUUGUGUGGCGGUGUGUGUGAUAAUCCAGGUUAACACGUCCUCAGUUGUGAUUCCGACAUUUCGAUCGCCUGAGCUACUUUUGCUUCGUCAUGGCGCCUGACAGAGGUUGUUGUUGUUGCUGUUGUUUUCCCGCCGUCAUGUCUUCCUCUCACCCUCUUAGGACCUUCCGAAAGCAACCAGCGGAGGAGUUAAAACCCCCUCGUCUGGAACACACAGAGCAGCACACUCACAUUAGGUCGACCAAAACUCUUCCACCCCUUGGAGACUCUUUGAGGAUGAACGUCACUGUGUCCCAUAGAACUCGUUCCCCUGUUUAGGUUCCGUUUUCUUUCCUUCCACAGACGAUGCAUGGACCAGACAUAUAGAGUAUCUUUAAAAAAAAAAAAAAAAAAAAAAGACCAAAAAACAAGGUGACAAAUCCCGCUCAGAAUCCCAGUAGAGGUGAAUCAUUUGGGUAUUUCCCCCCCCCAAAAAAAAUGUUCCGCUUAUAGUUCUAUCGUAUUGUCACUGUAAUCAGUCUGGGAUUUUACAAUGUGGAAAAUCAGCAAGUGAGGAUAGUGUGCUUCUAGAGCUAGUUGAAAUGUUUAACUACUUCUCUCCCCCGUCCCCACCCUGUUUCUCCUCACCCUACACUUCCCCACCCACCUGUUCGCAUUUACACACACUGACACACACCCCAACUUUAAUACACACACACACAGAGAGAGAGAGAGAGAGACACAGCCCUUCAACGUUUGUUUGUCAAGCAGUUUGUCUUUUUUACCUUAAAACUCCCUCUCCUUUCCCUCACUUCCAGCUCCACCCUUUUCUCUCCCUCCUCCCCCCCUGCAUGUCCUAGUGGUACUGGUAGUUGGGUGCAUGGAAAAAGCAGCAAGCAAAUUGUUUUUCCACUCAGUUAAAAAUAAGAGAGAGAGAAGAAUAUUAACAAUAAACGAGUAAAAAAAAAAAAAGUCAUAAUUUUAAACAUCCAGCAAUAAAUUCCCCUUCUCUUCAUGUCCAUCAUUCUUGGAAUAUGCUAGGAAAUUUUUUGCAAGUUUUAUCAAAAACAUACUACUUGUAAAAGAAGAAAAAUCCAAAAUCACCCCUUCAUAUGGAAAAUAAAACUUUAUUCCUACAA